UAUAAACUAAGGAUUUCAGUUAAAGGGCCAAUAAUUUUCUAUAUUGGUACAUUUUAUUUGUAACCUUUAUUUGUUUAAAAGGUGUUAUAUUUGACGACAUUUAGUACUGCAUGAGAAGUAGUUUAGUGUACUAUUUGUUAUGAGUUACUGCCAGAUGUGACUGCAAAGGACACAAUUAGUGUAUAGUUCGACAGACAGGUUUUAGUUAGUUAUUUAGACGUAAGAUGACUGAACCAAAUCAGCCCCUAUUUUAUUGUGAAGAAGAUCAAGAAGUUGAAAGCUCAGAAGUUUCACAAGGACCUGUGGCUCGAACAAGAAAGAGCCAAAGAGUCAGGACUCUCACAGAAAAGGGAAAAGGAAUGCAGGAUGAAAAAAUUAAAAGCCUUCGUCAGAAAUUCAACUACCUUUUUGAGAAGUGGAGAGUAUGUGCCAAAGCGUCCAAACGAUCCUUAUCACAAUUAGAAUCCUUAACUGAAGAUUUACUUAACGACAUUAUUGGUGAUGUAACAGGACUUUCUGCAGAUGUUCAGCGGGCAUUCAGUGAGUUACGUCUUAACACACCUCCUGAUCAGGAAACACGGCGCAAGGUGGAUCUCUGUGUACAGAUAUCUAAGUUUAUUGUAUCCAAAGCUAACAGUAAUGUUGAAGGAAGGCCAGAGGAAGAAGAACAAGAAUGGCCAGAUAUGGGAUCUCUAUUUGAGUCAACUAUCUCAAAGUCCUGUGCUUCUGAACGCUCCAGUAAAUCGUCUGUAAGACACCAAGAAGCUGCUGCAGAAGUAGCUGCAAGCCAAGCUGUUCUAAGAGUGCUAGAAGAGCAAGAAAUUGAACAGAAAGAAAUUGAGAGGCUUGAAGCUGAAGUAAAAAGAAAAGCAGCCGAGCAAGAAGCUUUAAGUAAAAAGCUUCGUCUGGAAGGAGAAGCAGAGGAACUCAAACUGAGAAUGCAAAUAGAAGAAAAUGAAGCAAAGUUAAAGGCUAAACAAGAAGAAGAAUACGCAACUCUGCAACGGUCUCUUGAUGAAAGAAAACGUAAGUUACAGCACUUAGAGAAGGUGAAAGAUCUAUGUGCAGCUCAAGCGAGAAUGCAAGUGUAUGAUCAGAGCAGUGUAACGGAGGACAUCAUAGUGGACAUGUCAAACACUAAGGAUGAAGCCCUCCGACAGCCGAGUCGUGAGCUACAUCAAGGGCACAUUGUUACCCAAGCUACAACAAACAAUGUAGACAAUGUUACAGCAGAGCUUGUUAAGGCGCUAGCAGGAGCAUUAAAUGCUAGCAGGAUACCGGUUCCAGAACCACCAAUCUUUAAUGGGGAUCCACUAAGAUACAGUGACUGGAAACUCUCAUUCCACACGCUCAUUGAUCAGAAGAACAUUCCAGAACAGGAGAAAGUAUUCUAUCUUCGCCGCUAUGUGGGUGGACAAGUAAAGAGUGCACUGGAUGGAUACUUCCUGCUUGGAACUGAAACAGCUUAUGUUGCUGCAUGGAAGUUACUUGAUGAAAGAUACGGUAAUCCAUUCAUAAUUGCAAAGGCCUACAGAGAUAAGCUUCAAGCUUGGCCCAAAAUCUCAGCAAAAGACAGCAUUCAGCUAAGAGAUUUUGCAGACUUUUUACGUAGCUGCGAAACAGCCAUGUUUCAUAUUAAGUCAUUAGAGAUUUUGAAUGACUGCAAUGAGAACCGAAAGAUCCUCACCACAUUACCAGAUUGGCUCAUAGCUAGCUGGAAUCGUACGGCUACAGAAAUUGAGGAAGCAACACAUAGGUUUCCCAAUUUCAGCCAGUUUGUUUCAUUCAUCACAAGAGAAGCAAAAAUCGCCUGUAACCCUAUUACAUCGUUACAGUCACUAAAGCAGAGUGAGUCCAACAGUCCAGAAAGGUUGAAACCUGCAAGACAAAGAAACAUUGAGGUUAAAACGUUAACUACAACUACUCAAGAACAGACAGUUGUGACCUGCAUGUUCUGCAAAGGGCCCAAUCAUGUGCUCACGAGAUGUAGAGGCUUUCUGGAAAAGGCUGUAACUGACAGAGUCAAGUUUAUUAGAACAGAGGGAUUGUGCUUUGGUUGUCUCCAGCCUGGCCACCAGUCAAAGGGCUGUAACAACCGAAGUAUUUGUGAAAAGUGCAACAAAGGACAUCCUACGUGCUUGCACGAAGAACGUAACAAACAAGAGCAAAUUCCACAACAAAACGAGAUGGAUGUAAGUUAUAAAAAUCCAACUCAAGGGAAGCAACCUCAAACUCAAGGAGCGACAUCUACGGCUACAACGAACAGAGUCAUCUGUCAAGAAGGUCACACACAAACUUCAGCAAUAGUUCCUGUUUGGCUCUCGUCUUCUACAGAACCAACACGAGAAAUACUGACGUACGCUCUGCUAGACUCUCAAAGUGAUACUACCUUCGUCCUCAGUGAGAUUGCAGAAUCUCUGGAUACUCCUAAAGAAUCAGUCAAGUUAGAGUUAUCGACUAUCACGUCAAAGAAUACAAUCGUUCAGUCUCAAAAGGUAAAGAAUCUACAAGUUCGUGGGUUUUACUCAAACAAAACUAUUCCUUUGCCACCUGCUUUCACGCGAGAGUUUAUUCCAGCUAACAAAGAUCAUAUUCCGUCAAAUGAGACUGCGAGGGCUUGGGCGCAUCUGAAGCAUCUUCAAGCAGAGAUAGCUCCUCUGCAGGAAUGUGAAGCAGGACUGUUAAUUGGAUACAACUGCUCGCAAGCAUUACUUCCGAGACAGGUUGUGUCAGGCAAAGAAAAUGAACCCUACGCACAGCGUACAGACCUCGGCUGGAGUAUAGUGGGACAAGGUAGCCAAUGCCUGAACUUUGGAGAUGCUAUUGGCAUCAGUCAUCGCAUCAUAGUGAAAAGGGUCGUCCCAGACCUUAAUCCUUCUGUUGAUCUACAGACAAAGAUACAUUACGUAAACAGAACUAAAGUGAAAGACAUCACUCCUUCUGAGAUCAUUAAGGCACUAGAGAUAGACUUCCCAGAAAGAGGAGUUGAUGACAAGAAGGUGUCUCAAGAUGAUUUUAAGUUUCUUUCUAAACUUAAAGAAACCAUCAAGCAGAACGACGACGGACAUUAUGAGAUGCCACUGCCAUUUCGUGAUGAACGACCUAAACUACCAGACAACAGAAUAUGUGCAGUGUACCGUCUGAAAUGUUUGGAGAAAAGACUAAGGCGAAACAAAGAGUACUGCAAGGAUUAUGUCAAGUUCAUGGACGAUAUGAUCUCCAGAGGUGACGCAGAAAGGGUUCCGGAACAAGAGUUAAACAAUCCUGCAUGGUAUAUUCCCCACCACGGGGUCUAUCAUCCACACAAACCAGGGAAAAUCCGAAUAGUAUUCGACUGUUCGGCCAAGUACCAAGAGACGUCCCUGAAUGACCAUCUGUUGACUGGUCCCGAUUUAACAAACACAUUGGUGGGAGUGCUGUGUCGCUUUCGCAACGGUCCUAUCGCAUUAAUGUGCGAUAUAGAGAGAAUGUUCCACCAGUUUUAUGUAGAAAAGGGAGAUCAAGAUUACCUACGUUUCUUAUGGUGGGAGCAAGGAGACCCUAGCACGACACCAUCGGUCUAUAGAUUGAAGGUCCACUUGUUCGGAGCAGCUUCAUCUCCUGGAUGCGCCAAUUUCGGCCUGAAACAUCUUGCGGCGCAAGGACAAGGUCGGUUCAAGGAGAAUGUCAUUCGAUUCAUCCAAAGAAAUUUCUAUGUCGAUGACGGCUUGGCGAGCGUCUCAACAGAGAAGGAGGCUAUUCAGCUUGUGAAAGACUCAAGAGACUUAUGUGCUACGGGCAAACUGAGACUCCAUAAGUUUGUGUCAAACAGUGAACAAGUACUUGCGUCUAUUCCUGAAGAGGAACGAGCAACAACUAAGACCCAAGACAUGUCUCUUAGUUUACCUCACAUUGAAAGAGCGCUUGGAGUCGAAUGGUGUGUUUCAUCGGAUACAUUUAAGUUCAGGGUACAAGUCAAAGCCAAUCCGUUGACCAGAAGAGGUGUACUUUCCACUGUCGCCUCAAUCUAUGAUCCUUUAGGGUUCAUAGCACCAUUUGUCCUUCUAGGCAAACAAGUUCUCAAACAGAUGUGUAAAGACAAAGUAGACUGGGACGAAGAAAUUCCAGACUAUUUGAGACCUCAAUGGGAGUCAUGGAUUACAGAUCUACCAGAACUAGCUGAUGUACAAAUCAAGAGAUGUUACAUUCCUCCUGAUUUUGGACGAGUCAACGGCUUUGAACUUCAUCACUUUGCCGAUGCAAGCACAUCAGGUUAUGGCGAAUGUUCCUAUUUACGAGUCACUAACCAAGAAGGCCAAGUCCAUUGUUGUUUAGUCAUGGGCAAAGCAAGAAUCACACCCAACAACAUUAUGACUAUUCCAAGACUUGAGCUUUUAGCAUCAGUCGUGGCAGUUAGAGUCAGUGACCUGUUAAGAAACGAACUAGAAAUAAAGGAUUUAAAGGAGUUCUUUUGGACAGAUUCCACAGUAGUUCUUGGCUACUUAAAUAAUGAUGCCAAACGAUUCCAAGUAUUCGUGGCUAAUCGUGUACAAAGAAUUAAAUCUAGUACGACUCCAGAACAAUGGGCUUACGUUGCAUCAGAAGAUAAUCCUGCGGAUCACGCUUCCCGGGGUUUAACUGCAAAACAGUUGAAGUCGUCCAACUGGUUUACGGGUCCAGUGUUUCUCUGGACAGAGAAACUACCGGAAAGAAAUAUCAAUGUGGGGAAGAUCAAGGAUGAAGAUCCUGAGCUUCGUAAAACUAUCGCAUGUGCCACCGAAGUGAGAAAGGAGAGAACAAUGUUGGCACGUCUCCAGAAGUUCUCAGAUUGGUCCAGAUUGGUCAGAGCUGUAGCAAGGCUGAGACAUAAAAUCAAAACGUACAAAGGUAUAAUAACAACCAUAGAAAGAGAUACAAGUUUAGAAGAAAGGAAGGAGUCUGAACUUGUAAUCAUCAAGCUUGUCCAAGCCGAAGCUUUCUCAGAGGAGAUAAAUGCUCUGAGAACAAAGAAAACAGUUCCUGAGUCAAAGGAUGGCAGGCUGUGUCGAUUGUGUCCGUUUCUGGAUGAGGAAGGGAUACUUCGAGUCGGAGGACGUUUGACUCAUGCAUCACUUCACCCUCAUGUGAAGCAUCCCGCGAUUCUACCGAAAGAGAGUCAUAUUUCUACUUUGCUUGUCAGACAUUUUCAUGCAAAGGUUGAACAUCAAGGACGUGGAAUGACAAUGAACGAACUACGAGCUAAUGGAUGGUGGAUCCUUGGCUGCAGCAGUUUGGUUUCUUCGCAAGUCUACAAAUGCCUCAAAUGCAGGAAAUACAGGAGAGGUACUGAAACACAGAAAAUGGGAGACUUACCUUCAGACAGAAUUGAACCAACUCCACCCUUUACGUGUGUUGGGAUGGACUGUUUCGGACCACUUUACGUUAAGGAUGGACGUAAAGAGCUGAAGAGAUAUGGUCUAAUACUAACUUGUCUUUGUUCCCGAGCUAUCCACAUAGAAGUGGUAGAUGAUCUGAGCACAGAUUCAUUCAUAAAUGCUUUGAGGGCGUUUAUUGCUAUCAGAGGGAAUGUUCGCCAACUGAGAUGUGAUAGAGGAACCAAUUUUGUUGGCGCUCAAAGAGAAUUUGCAAACCUGAUGAAGGACAUGGAUCAGGAAAAGUUCAAAGCUUUCGGUUGUGACUUUCUCAUGAAUCCCCCUUCGGCGAGUCAUAUGGGAGGAGUAUGGGAAAGGCAGAUAAGGACAAUAAGGAGUGUUCUUUCUGCUAUUCUUGAUCGUUCAGCAAGAAGACUGGAUUCAACGUCAUUAAGAACCCUUUUGUAUGAAGUUAUGGCGAUCAUUAACAGCAGGCCGCUGUCUGCUGAGAGUCUGAAUGAUCCUGCUGGACCGGAGCCAUUAACGCCUAAUCAUAUUCUAACUAUGAAGUCAACCAUCAUUCAGCCUCCUCCUGGACAGUUCCUGAAAGAAGAUAUUUAUCUUCGAAAGAGAUGGAAAAGAGUGCAGUACUUGGUCAAUGACUUUUGGAUCCGUUGGAGGAAGGAGUACUUACUCAACUUACAAGCAAGACAAAAGUGGCAUGUAUCUAAAAGAGACUUGAAGGUCGGAGAUAUUGUUCUACUCCAAGAAGAUUUUGCGCCACGUAAUACAUGGAAGAUGGCUAGAGUCACAGAUGUCUUUCCUGGGGCAGACAAUAAGGUUAGAAAGGUCAGACUCUUAGUUCGAGAAAGUACAGUCAACAAACAGGGUACAUCUACGACUAAGACAGUUUCACUUGACCGACCUAUUCACAAGGUUAUUGUUUUGGUUGAAGCUGAGUGAUUCCUUUUCGAAUUUAUGUUUACACUUGUUAGUUUAUUUCAAGGAAAUCUCACAAAAUGAUUGUGACAUUCGGUGGGAGUGUAACUGCAGCAUAUAGUCUCACAAUGUAAUCCAUAUAGUUCGCUGUUGAAGUUCUAUUAUGUGUAGUCUAACAUGUCACCUCUAGAGGGUGCUAUCAGCUACCGGAUGAAUAGAUGAGCCAACGGUAAUCAGUUGCAAGCUGUACUGAGACUUGCUUGUGAGAAGUGUCAGUUGUCAGUUGAAGGAGCAGCUGGAGGAAACUGUUACGUGUUUCGCUUCGGGAUUAACGGCAGAUAAGCAUGGACUUUGGUCGGUAGAUGAGCCAGAAGAAGUGGAAAAGAAGAAAAUUAGUUAAUUCCUUUCGGCAGCACGCAGCCAACGAGUUUUCACGGUGGAUAAAGGUGUAUGAAAGUUCAUUAAAUUCACCAGUUGGAGGAAACCACUUGUGUCCGAACGUGCUUCAGGGGAAUUACACCC